AUGCCCAAUACUCUAACAUUCCUGGCACUUGCUGCCUCGGCAUUUGCAGCUCCAACACAAAAAUCAUCUAUCAACACAACUGUUGACCUAGGAUACUCAAAAUAUUUAGGGACAAAUAAUGGUAAUGGAAUCACUGAGUGGCUUGGGAUACGAUAUGCCGCUCCUCCUCUAGGCAAUUUGCGCUUUCGAGCUCCUCAAAGUCCCCUUGUGAAUGAUACUUUACAAGUAGCAAACCAGCACGGCGGAUUAUGUCACUCCUCACCUUCAACAUCACUUUCUCCCAAUACAACCGAGGACUGCCUUUUUCUUGACGUAUAUGCACCCACAGAUGCAAGCAAGCUCCAUCCUGUCUUCAUCUACUUUCAAGGAGGGGGCUUUAAUAGCCUUUCUAACUCGAAUUUAAAUGGCACUAGUCUGAUCGCAGCUGGUGAUUAUGAUAUUGUAGUAGUCACAUUCAAUUAUCGCGUUGGACCUUGGGGUUUCUUAACCAGCAAAGAAGUAGUAGAGGAUGGAGAUACGAAUGUCGGAUUGAAAGAUCAACGAUUCCUACUCGAAUGGGUCCAGGAGAACAUUGAAAAAUUCGGAGGCGAUAAAUCCCAUGUAACUAUCGGUGGGGCCAGUGCUGGUGGUGCCUCUGUAGAUCUCCAACUUUCUGCAUAUGGAGGUCGCGAUGAUGGACUAUUUCAUGCUAGCGUGGCUGAGAGUCAGUCCUUUGGUGCCCAACUCACGGUUAGCGAGUCACAAUACCAAUAUGAUGGCUUAGUUGAACGGACUGGCUGUGCUAGGCAAAAUGAUACUCUAGCUUGUUUGAGGGAAUUGGAUAUCAGUGUCAUUGCCGAGAACAACAUCAACCUUCCAACUCCGGGUGGUGCAGGAGAGAGUCCGGUAUUCAUGUGGUCGAAUGUUGUUGACGGGGAUUUUACGCCGGAUUAUACCUACAAGUUGUUUACUACCGGACAAUAUGUUAAACUCCCUGCAAUAUACGGUGAUGACACAAACGAAGGCACAGUAUUCACGCCAAAAGACAUAAAUUCCACUGCUGAUAUGUCGAUCUUUCUGAAAAACAAUUUCGUCAAGCUCACUGAUGAUCAAAUAAGCAACAUCCAUCAAUACUACCCCAAAGGGCCUCAAUAUCCAGAUGCUGGUAGUUACUGGAGUGCAGCAGCUCUUGCUUAUGGCGAGAUGCGCUACAACUGUCCCGGAAUCUACUUAUCCGGCUCUAACGACGUCUUUGCCCCUUCCAUUGGCAACUGGAAUUAUCACUGGAAUGUUCUAUCAUCUGAAAAUGCUGCCAAUGGACUUGGCGUGACGCAUACUGCUGAACUAGCUUCUAUUUGGGGAACCAGUAAAGCACCAGAUUCUGCACUUAUUCCAUCUAUCCAAGCAUAUUGGACCAGCUUUAUAAGAAGCAAGGAUCCUAAUACGUAUAAGCUGAAGAGUACACCGAAAUGGAAAGAACUUUCAGUUAAAAACUAUCGAAGAAUCCUCUUCCAAGCGCAGAAUGUUACAGGAACAGCAACUCCUCGGGUGAAGAUGGAAAAUAUACCAGAUGAGCAGUUGGAGAGAUGUAAUUACCUGUCUAGUAUUGGGGUGAGCAUUGCACAAUAG